AUGGAAGGCCUUCAGCUAUUUGACAACAUGUUGAUGGCUCGAGUUAAUCCGACAAAUUUCACUUAUACAACGUUGUUGAGUGUUUGUAGCAGGUUGAGAGAUGGUCUUGCAGGGGAAGCAACUCAUGUUAAAGUAAUUGUUUCCGGGAUUGCACCAGAUUUGCCCUUGUACAGUACGCUGCUUGACAUGUAUUCCAGUUGUGGUGAUAGUGAAGCAGCUUUGAAAGUCUUCGGAAAAAUAAAGAAACCAGAUCUGGUAUCUUGGAAUUCAAUGAUUUCUGGAUAUGCAAACAAUGGAGAUGGAGAGAUGGCGGAAGAUUCAUCCAUGACAGAUUCUUUUUUCGUUGAGGUCCCCGACGAGGUCUUGCUGCCGGCAAAGAAUUUAUUCAACAGCGGUGUCCAUGUUUUCACCCGCAAAAGAGAAAAGGAAAAAGGUGAUACAAAUUCAGAAGUAACUACAAAGCAUGAUACAAAUACAAGACAAGCUGCCACAAGUCAAAAGAUAUCCCUUCCCUUCGCUUUCAAAAAUGAUGAAUAUGAAGUCCGGGAGACUGCAGGUACUAUGGAUCCUCUAACACCCAAUCGGGUUGCCUUCCCAGGUCUCACCGGUAUUAGCUGUAAGUCGUGA